GGCAGUGUUCCCCUUUCCUAGACUUCGGAUUCCCUCCCCUUCUCCUGUAGCUAGUCUGGAGUUCUUGGGGAGCACAGCAGGCAGACAGACCAUCUCUUCCUUGUCUGCACAUCUGGAAAGCAGCAGGACACUGACUGGAUGUCACAAUACUACUCUUGCAACAGGCGUGAUGAGACACAUAUGAAAAGGGACUCCACCAGCCAUUUUGGGCUUGAAGUCACCAUAAAGGACAAUUGCAGCGAACGACAUGACAACGGAAGGGGCCUCCUCAUCAAAUGCCACUACAGUAGUGCCCUUGCUCAGCACCACCACCAGUGUGAGAAGGCAGGAUGGUGAAGAGGCUUCCUUGGUGACUGUAGCAGGAAAUGAGACUAGCUUCAAUUCCACCAAACUGCCAGAAGUGUCGGGAGCCAGCUCUGGGGUUGACAUGGUACUCUUGCCCUUUGGCAUCAUAACAAUCAUUGGACUGGUGCUGGCAAUGGUGCUGUACAUCAGGAAGAGAAAAAGGUUAGAGAAGCUGCGGCACCAGCUUAUGCCAAUGUACAACUUUGACCCGGCUGAAGAGCAGGACGAACUGGAGCAGGAGCUGCUGGAUCAUGGCAGAGAGGGUGCCACCGCUGGCACACAAAGCAAGGUUGUGAUGCCCAGCCAGGGGACACUACAAUGGCCUAGCCGCCUGGUAUUCACAGACGUUGCCAAUGUCAUCAACGCAUGAGAAGGCAGCAAGCUGACGGGUACCCAGACCUCUCCUGAUCUGCAAGGUGACAGGACUGGACGCCCAAACAUGGAUCCAAAUCUGGGUCUUUCAUGAAUCCAUCCUGCUGGGUACGAUGGUAACCAGUCCUGCACACUUUGAGAGUAGCUGGAAAAAAAACAACAAAAAACUCCUAUUUAUUUAUUAUUUAUUUGUUUUAUUUAUUUUAGAAAAUACGUUGUGUAAAUUUUCUUUACACUCGGUUCAAGUGGUUGCUUUCUCUACUCUCGUGUAAUCUUAGUAAGCUCCAGACGCGGCUUCAUAAAUUUGACCCCACAAAGC